CCUGAGAGAAGAGCCUCUGAUCGGCCUUGGCUCUACCGAUUUACGACCGACUAUCUAGCCCCUCUAAUCUUGUCUGGGUGGGCGCGUCCCCUUCUCCUUAGCCUGACAGUAUUAUGGAUAUGCUUUGGACUGGCCGUGAUACCAACUCAUUUGCGUAUUGGCCUUGAUCAGCGUCUCUCAAUGCCUAACGACUCCUACGUGUUAGACUACUUCAACGCCCUUUCUACUUAUCUGAACAUCGGGCCACCAGUCUACUUUGUUGUUACGCGUGAACACGAUUACACGAAUCGAAUUGGACAGGACGAAGUUUGCGGCAGCACCGGUUGUCCAGAUGACUCGCUUCUUGGUACUAUCGGACAAGCAGCCCGAACGAAUACCUAG